UAAAUUUAUUUAAAAUGUUUAUUUAUUUAUUUAGAUUAAAAUCUUACUUCAAGAAUUGUUUAGCAUAGAGAAGUUCUCAAACUCAUUAUGUUUCAUUUAGGUUUACAAGAUGAAUUAUCGAUUCAUUUAUAUCCACAGACUUUUUCUCUGAUGCCGAGAUUGUCAUUAAAAAACACACACAUUGCAGAAAAUACUGAACCAAUCAGUAAAUCUGGAUAUGAAACCAGUUACGCCAACUUUGAAGUCCACGAUCCACCUGCAGAACAUAUAAAUGCAAUAUUGGAGCCGACAAAAUUAAUCAAAGAAAUUAGCCUUAAGGAUAUCACUGACAUCGCUCUAACAACGCUCGCGUUUUUAUCGUUUGGAAUGUUUGUCUUGCAGGUUCUAAUGUGUAUUACAAUGGUAAUUAAAUAUACUAUAGCACUUAGCAUUGGAAUCGGUAGUCCUAAAAAUCGUAACACAAAUAACACAUAAUUGAGCGCGAUAAUCAGCCUAAAUAAAUUUAUAAUUUUGGUAAGAGUUGUUUAAUAAGACAAUCAAAAAAUUUGAGUGAACCGCUUUUAUUAACAUUGGCAAGCUUAAAUUUGACACGGAAAACUUGUCAAAAUAUUUUAUGAUCACAACAAAACAUACUUCAAAAUACU